UCGUCGCACGUUCACGCCUCCACCGAUUCAAACGCCGGAACACCCACGCGGUCGGCGGAGGCCUCCCCGUCGUUUGCCCAUGCCCUUGCGCCGCCAUGCCGGCCGCGCCAUCGCCGCCGCGCCCGGCGGUUUCCUCCACCUCUCCCUGCUCGCCUCCCUCCGCCACCGCCCCUCGCUUCAGGCGCACGCGCAGCUCCUGCUCUUGGGCCUCCCGCUGCCCCCCGCCGCGGCCUCACACCUCCUCCGCCCGCACCUCCGCGCCGGCCAUCCGCUUGCCUCGCUCCGCCUCUUCCUCCGCGUGCUCCGCGACCACCACCCCGCCACAACCGGCGCCACCGCUUCCCAGGAGGAGGGGGCUGUUCCCGACUCCCGCUCCCUCUCCGCGGUUCUCGCAGCCUGCUCCCGCCUCGAGUCCCCUUCCCCCGGACUCUGCAUCCACGCCUUCCUCCUAAAGUCGGGAUUCGCCUCCGACGUCUUCGCCGCCAAUUCGCUCCUCCAUUUCUAUGCCGCGUUCGGUCUCCACGCCCUCGCGUGCAAGCUGUUCGACGAAAUGCCGACCAGGGACACCGUGUCGUUCAACACCCUGAUCGGUUCGUACGUGCAGUCGGGACGCGUUGAACGCGCGUUGGUGGUGUUCAGGAACAUGGUGGAGGGAGGGUUCCGGCUGGACGAGUGGACCAUCAGAGCGUUGCUGGGUGCCUGUGCUGGGCUAGGCGAUUUCAUGGUGGCCAAAGCUGCGCAUGGGUUUGCCAGCAGGACAUUGAGGCAUAGAUUGCUCGACUCUGGAGAGGUGGUGAUUGGGUUAGUGGACAUGUAUGUCAAGUGUGGUGCAGUGCACCUCGCCAGGAAAACAUUUGAUUUGUUUGGGGAGAAGGUGAAGGACGUGAGAGUUUGGAGUGUGAUGGUAUCAGGGUAUGCUAGGGUUGGGGAGAUCGGCAUGGCUCGGAAGUUGUUUGAUGAGAUGCCCAAUAAGGACUUGGUUGCGUGGACAGUUUUGGUCGGUGGAUAUGUGCAGGCAGGUAGAUACAAGGAGGCACUUGGGUUGUUCGAGGAGAUGGAAGCGGCAGGACUUGAGGCUGAUGAGAUGACGGUCGUCACCGUGCUUUCAGCUUGUGCCCAGAAUGAUGCUAUUAGCCUUGUAAAGAGGCUCCAUUAUCGUAUGAACCAGAAUGGAUUGGUUAGCAGAAAUGCAAGAGUUGCCACCAGCUUCGUGCACAUAUAUGCAAAACAUGGGUGCAUACAGACAGCUAUGGAUGUGUUUCGUGGAAUCACUGAUGAAUUCAAGACUGUGGAGUUGUUCAAUGCUAUGAUACAUGGACUCGCUCACCAUGGUUAUGGUGAGAAAGCUAUCUCACUUUUUGAUAAAAUGGAAAGCCUGGGGCUCCAACCUGAUGACAUCACAUUUGUGGGAAUCCUGUGCGCAUGCAGUCGCAGUAACUUGGUCGAACAAGGGUGUAAGAUGUUCUCAUCAAUGCUGGACAAGUACGGUGUCAAACCAGAUGUCAAGCAUCACGCUUGCAUGGCUGAUCUUCUUGGAAGAGCUGGACGUCUUGAUGAUGCUUACAACUUUAUCCAGAAUAUGCCUUUCAAAGCAAAUCUUGUGAUAUGGUCAUCUCUUCUGACAGCUUGCAAGAUCCAUGGAAAUAACAAGAUUAGGAAGCUUGUAGAGAGGCAAAUUCUCGGAUUAGAUGCUACCUACAAGCCUGAAAAGCUGACCUUAUCUGGCUUAUUUUCUGAUGAGAAGAGGAAAGAGCUAUCUGCAAGGGCGAGAAAAGCUAUAAAGCACAAAUCUGAGCACAGAUGUACCUAGUAGAACUCACAUCGAAUGAUACUGUUUAUCAGAUUGUAAUUACUGAUACUUCCGAGCUCCACCCUCAGGGAAAGGUGAUUGAUUGGAUGCCUGAAGAUGUCCAAGGCAUUGGAUUUUUUUCAGGAUGCAUUGGGAGAAGGCUGCUUGGAAUAUCGAGAGACAGCUGCUCUAGCAUUUUCCUUGAUAAACUCACUUCCUGAAACCCCAACAGAAGGUGUCACCAACCAUUGUACAUAUGAAUGUAGCUUGUAAGGGUAUGGCGAUUUUGCUACAGAAGAUAACAGGGCUAGCGCAAAAAUUUGGGGGGAAAUCAUCUAUUGAAUGGAGAGUAGACUUUUGUUGGAAGUUGGAACAAAAGUUGCUAGAUUUGAGGCAGGUGGCCAGCAUACCGGAAAGAAUCAGCCGGUGAGCUGUGGUGUGUGGGUUAUAGUUACUGGUUGCAAGGGGUGGUGACUCGAUACUAGCUUCCGUCCCUCCCUUGGCUACUUGUGUCAGGUGGUUCUCUCUUGGAGUUUGUGGGUGGACUGCUCUACUCUGUAGAAGAAGCGUCUGGGCAUGGAAGCAAUCUUUUCUUUGGAACGGAACCUCUUGGAGUGGAGUUAUGUGGUGAAAAGCCAUGGAUCAGUGAAGAAGAGGACCUGGAGAAGGCAAUGUCGUCGGGCCUUUGGAUCUAGCCCCGAGGAUGAUGGCUUGGUUGGUCAGGUUCAGGUGUUUAUUUCGUGCGUGGAGCUGUGCGGUUACGGUGGGUUUGAUUCUUUUUGUGCUUGGAAUUGUAAAGACGACUAGGCUUAGUGUGUGUUUGUUUCGCUACUAGAUUAUAUAAGUUGGAUUAUGGUGGAAGUAUAGAAAGAUAAAAUAUUAUUUUAGGACUAUAAAUAAGCUAACAUUAGAUAGCAGGUUAUUUGUGAUCUCAAAGUAAUAUUUUACCCUACUACUCUUCUAUCAUGAUCUAACUUAUGUAAUAUAGAAGGAAAUAAACAGGGCCUUAAGUUGGUAACCAAGUUGGCAAACCUCCAGUCUUUUCUUUAUCGAUUACAUUUUAAAACAAUACAUGGGAAUUCAGAAACAAACCCGUACAUACAUUACGAUCGUGGUAGGCACACAA